AUGUGUUCCGAAAUUGCGCCGCAACUCUCCUUCUCCAGGGAUCUCGCCGACGAAAAUGAAUCCCAAACGGCGGAGGAUCAGCAGCAGUGGAGGAGGGACGCUAACCUUCUCGGUCAUUAUUCCAACACCACCACCACCAUUACUCCCACUCCUCCCACCGCCGAUCAGCCGUUUGAGUUCAGCGUUUCCAGCAAUUCCGGCGACCAAUACUCUACUUCCUCCGCCGACGGAAUCAUCCUCCCCUUCCACCACCGUAACACCCGAUCAGCCGCCGAUUUCAACUGCUCUGCCGCCCACCACCGUGUGCAGAGUUUAGACCAUAUAAAGCUUCCCCCUUUACCUUCUCUGCCUACUCUGCCUCCUCUGCCAACGAAAUCAUCGACGGAAUCUGACUAUCAAUCGAGGGCGUCUUCCGAUCAUCAAAACCAGCUGCAAUCAUCACCAUCGACAAAAUCGUUCUGGGGAUUCAAGGGAAGCAGCAGCCUAAACUGCGACCUGAAGAAAACCCUGAUCUGCUCCCUGCCGCCGCCUCUCUCCCGGAGCAAUUCCACUGGCUCGGUCCCUCCCGUCCCCAAGAAAUCUCCCCACCAGAAACCCAAUUUCACACAAGCAACCGUCUUCAUCCCGGCUGAACAAGCAACCGUACGGAUCUUCAUCAUCUACUUUCUCUCACCAUUAUCCCAACGGCACAGCCAGAAUCAGCCCUGUUCUCAACGUCCCAAUCUCAAAAGGAACCGCUAA